UGCUUUAUUUUACCAUGGUUUAUAUAUCUCAUGGAUCAUAACAUAAAAAUUUACAUUGAGUGACUAGUCUAUUCUAUAUUUGGUCUGUGAUUGUCUGCGCAUAAUGCAGGAUUUAGAUUGGUCGGAUAAAAGAGCGAAUAGAGUACGUAUAAGAAGCAAGGAAGAUAGCAGAUAUCUAUCUUUUCUCACGCUAGAGCUGCACGACUAUAUUCUUCAUCCUGCAUAUAAACCGCAGAUUAAACAGAAUCAUAAAGAAAAAUCCUGAACUACAGUGUAACCUAAUAUUUAUUGCGCAUCGAAAAGUUAUAAUUACUGUUUAAACAUGGUUAUUUUGUCGAGAAUUUUACCUCAUAAAGUAUUAUCAAAUUUUUAUUGUAAAGUACUAAGUAAAGAUGUAAAAUUUUUCUCAACCAUGGCACAAACAAAACAUGAAAAUGAACAUGACAAUGAUAAUUUUAACAAAGAAACUGUUAAAAAAUCCAUAGAUUCAACAACUUUUACAAAUUAUAGAUUCCUUUAUCCAGAAUUUUUACCAUGUCCAAAUCCUUUAUAUCGUAAUAGUCUAAGAGAAAAAUUAGAACGUAUAGAUAUGUUAGCUAGAAGAUCCGUAGUAACUAUUCCUGAAUUUUAUGUUGGAUCUAUAUUAGCAGUUACUUAUUCCGAGCCACAUGCAACUGGAAAAGUAAAUAGAUUUGUUGGUAUAUGUAUUUUAAGAGAAGGUGCUGGAUUACGUGCUUCAUUUAUUUUAAGAAAUGUAGUAAAUGGGGAAGGUGUAGAGGUACGUUAUAAUUUAUAUGAUCCUGCUAUUCAGAAAGUUGAUUGUUUGAAAUUAGAGAAAAGAUUGGAUAAUGAAUUACUUUACCUCAGAGAUGCACCAUUAGAAUAUAGUACAUUUCCAUUUGACAUGGAACCAGAAUUAAUUUCUCAAGAAUCUAUUCCAGUGAAUAAAAUUAAGGUCCCACUUAAGCCACAACCAUGGUCAGAAAAGUGGGAACUUAAAAAUUUGAAUGGAGUUACAGGUGUUGUUGUUAGCGAAAAACGUCAAAGAAAGGCAGCAGCUUCUGCUAAACCAUGGGAGAAAUACGACUUAAUGAAAAUUUAUAGGGAGACUAUUCCGGAAGAAGAACAAGUUGAAAUAUUUUCAGAUUUACACAAAGACCUUCGUCAGCUGGACGUAAGAAAGGAUAUAUUAAAACGUCAGCGGGUACUACACAGGCCAAAGAAAUCUGUAUAAAUUUAAUUCUAAGUAUUGUAAGAUUUAUUGUUCCCAAUUAUAUAUAUUUUGUAUAUUAAGAAAUUA